ACGUUCCGGAAGCGGAAGUAGACAAGAGGUCAGGGUUGAUUUUUCAAGAUGGCGGCCUUUAAGGUCCUGUUGUCCGGCAGUGAGCGGCUUCUCCGUGGGCUCCUAGCGGGGCCGGCAGCUACUAGCUGGUCUCGGCUUCCAGCUCGCGGGUUCAGGGAAGUGGUGGAGAUCCAAGAAGGGAAGACAACUAUAAUUGAAGGCCGUAUCACAGCAACUCCCAAGGAGACUCCAAAUCCUCCUAACCCCUCUGGCCAGUGCCCCAUCUGCCGUUGGAACCUGAAGCACAAGUAUAACUAUGACGAUGUUCUGCUGCUUAGCCAGUUCAUCCGGCCUCAUGGAGGCAUGCUACCCCGAAAGGUCACAGGCCUGUGCCGGGAAGAACACCGCAAGAUCGAGGAGUGUGUGAAGAUGGCCCACCGAGCAGGUAGAAGGCCCUCAGGACCAAGAGGGGCAGAGGGCUGCAGGAGCUGUCUCUCCCCACCCAGCUGCCCCAUGUUUUGGCCCCUCCUGGAAGAAAAUUGGAUAUCCAGAGUGUUAAUUACACUCACUGCCCAAUGCCAACCUCCCCGCUCCCUUGGGCUUUCCCUCUGGCCCCCUCAGAGCUGCAGAGGGAACUGCAAAGACUGUCCCCUCUUCCCUCCACUCAGGUCUGUUACCAAAUCACAGGCCUCGGCUUCCUGAAGGAGUUGUUCCGAAGAAGAAACCCCAGCUCAACCGGUACCUGACGCGCUGGGCUCCCAAGUCCGUCAAGCCCAUCUACAAAAAAGGCCCCCGCUGGAACAGGGUGCUCAUGCCCGUGGGGUCACCUCUCCUGAGGGACAAUGUCUGCUACUCAAGAACACCUUGGAAGCUGUAUCAAUGACAGACAGCAGGGCUUCCAAAGUUCCUCUUGCACCUGUGCUGUGGAGUAGGAGGCCCACUCACAAGCCCUCGGCCCCAACUAUUCUCCUGCCCCACCCCACCACGAUGGCCUGGCCCCUCCAAUAUGGAUGGACAGGGGACAGUGGGAUAAACUUCAGUACCCUUGGCUUGCCCAGUAGCAAUGCUGAGAGCUAGAGGCAAGCAGGGCAGUUGGGUCCCUUGGCAGCCGCUGUGGGGCUUGGGCCAUGCUCAGUGCUGGGGACAGGAGUUUUGCCCAAUGGAAUGUCAUAAAGUAGGCUCAUGGGCUUACCCAC